CAAGUCCUUCCUCUCUGAUCAGAACACAGAUCAUUAUCUGCAGCUCAGGUCUCUGCAGAGAACAUGGAGAUUAUACUCUUUCUUCUACUGUGUCAGCUUUUCAGCACCAGUGGAAUAAGCAGACUGGGCGGAUCAAAGAGAGAAAAAAAUCCAACUGACAAAGCAAUAAUAACUCAAUCUCACGGGCAGACAGAAAGCAAAUCUGUAAAAAAUAAUUGUGCGAACCUCUUUCACCCCUUGUGGAACAAUAAUUAUCACGUGUGCAAUUCCAACAGCUCCUGUGGAUUAAAUAGAAAAAGAAUAAAUCUGAUGAUUUGGGUUCCUUAUUCAAUAAGUAAACAUAAUGACAAAUACUUUAAAAAGUGCAAGGACUACCUUAAAUGCCUAUCAACCAAAAAGGAAAAUAGCAAUCAACGUGAAAAUAGAACCUUGUCGGUUACCAGCAGCUACACAAUACAGAAACUUAAUACUACAAGUUGGGUGCAAAUUAAUUGCUCUCAAAAUCAUUCGACACAUCAUGCAAGAAAGGCUGUGGAUAUUGAACUGUUUGUACAAUGUCCCUUCAACAUUAGAAUUCAAGGCUGCCCCCACAAUGCAAAGAAAGUUAAGAGGAUGGAAAGGAAUAACUGUACCAUUUCCUUCAAAGACAAUGAAGAUAUGAAAAACAUUACAUUCAUUAUAACUGGUUCUGUGAACAAGAUAAACUUACGCUGUUUAAAGGAAAAUGACACACUUCCAAGAGGCACUGAACUAAUGGAAAAUCAACUCAAAUUCAAAGGACCCAUGAAGAAAAAUUACACAGGAAUGUACUUAUGUGUGGCUUCUUAUCAACACUGUCAAACUCCAAUUUGGUGGGAAAUUAAAAUUACUUCAGAUGAAUGGACUUCUACAAAUAUUGUGUUAAUCACAAUAUGUUUGGUGCUCCUGGCAAGUGCAUUCACUUACUACAUUUUUAGAUGGCGAAGAAGAAAACAAUUAAUUGUUAUUCCCCAGCAAUAUUCAAUACAAAACCCUGGAUACCAGAAUUCUAGAGUAGAUAUUGAUGGCAUGCAAGCACCACAGCAUUGCAGAGAAGGUGUGAUUUCCAUUGAUCAACCAAAGGAUUCCAGAGAAGCUGCUGAUUUUAUAAAGACAACCCUGGACUUCAAGGGAGAUGCCAGUAGUUGCAAUGUAUCUCAUACAGAAAAUGUCAAUCCACCUGAAGUUUCUCAGCAAACUACUGAUUAUCACAAAUUUGACACAUACUCUGGGACUUAAUCCAAUACUAACAAAGAGGUCUAAUUUGCGAUAAUCACAAACCAGAUUUAUUUCAUAAAUUGCAAUUUCUGGUCUGUGAGAUUCACAGCGCAAUCUGAAGUCCCCAAAGUAUGAAUCACAAGUUGUAAAGUGUGAAAAAAGGCAUGCAAUACAGAUGGGAAACACAUGGCUGUUUUGCUCAUGACCUUUUAUUUGAUUGAUUCCAAAGCAAGCAUUUACAGGCCAACCCUGUUAUGACACGGUGGUUUGGGGCCAUUAACUUAGACCCUGAAUUUUAACUGGGCACUGUAACCAUAGCUGCCAUUGAACACAUUUGGGGAAUCAGACUGCUGCUCACAUCACUUCCUGUGCCUAGUGCGCUCACAUUGCGCACUGGAAAUCAUAUCAAUAAUGCUUGCUAUUCAUAAAGCCAGGCAGUCAGAGUCAGAAUGUAGAUGUAUAUAGUACUUUUGGUAUUCAGUCCAUAAGACAACCUAUGGUGCAACUGCUCUAUAAGAAGAUCACAAUGAUUUAUAAUUGGAUUUUUCUGUAUUUCAGCAUUAGUAAAUACUCAUUCUUAAGAUAAGAAGACCCCACAACAGUUGUUUAGUUUUCAACCACAUUGCAAUGGGCAAAGCUUGCAGUUUAGAAUGAUAUUAGAUUAGAUGCAAUACUGAUGAUAGAAUUUUAUAUAUCUGGUGGCUUUAUAUGCAAAACAUUCUUAACAGCUUAUACUGUAUUGGAUUUUAUGAGAAAAUAAA